AUGUCGAACGAGGAUCUUGAUGGCCAGGAGCUGCUCGCAGCGCGGACGCAGCUCUUGGAGGAGCUGCAGGUCGAGCGGCGCGAGCUGGGCAGGAAAGGGGAGCACCUUUUCAACCCAGCGAGGUUGAGCAGGUAUAUUCAGGGAAACAAUGGCUCGGUGGAGGAGGCCACGGCACACUUCCGGAAGAUGCUUUGCUGGUACAAGGAGGCGAAUAUGCUUCAGAAGCGGACGCUCAUCGAGAACAAACCCUGGUGCGUAGAUUCUGUGACGGGUGCCCGGGAGCUUUUUGACAUGAUGUGCAUCGAUGCUAGCAAGUUUACCAAAGAUGGAAACAUGCUUUGGGUACAAAGAGAUGGUUUUGCCCAAAUUGAGAAAAUCAUGAGCCUCACUGAUGAGGAUCUCGUCGGUCGCAUGAGCCUUCUCUGUGAACUGCGGGAGCAUCACUUGGAUCAGCUCAGCAUAAAGAAAGGCAAGCUGAUGAAGAGCUUCCAGGUUCGAGACCUGACAGGGCUAAACAUCGGCGCGGUUCUCCGAAGCAGAUUUGUGAUGAAGCGUCUUGCAGAUGUGUUCAAGAUUGUGAGCACGGCGUAUCCAGAAACGUUGCACCAGAUGGUUAUCGUCAAUCCACCUGCAGGCUUCAACCUGUUUUGGACUGCGGUGCAGCCGAUGCUCAAUGAUCGGAUCCGGAAGAAGUUCCGAUUCAUCCCUUCAGGGCCAAUGGACUUUCCUCUGGAGUUGGUCAAGAUGGCCGGCGUUGGAGUGCUGGAGUCCCUAGCAAAUCUGGCAGAUGUGGUGCAGAAUCGACAUGAAAACAACUUGACCUUGGCUCCUGGCUUUGCCCACUACAAAUGCCAGCGGCUACCUGCUGGAAGCAUGGCCAGCUGGAGCUUUUCCGUCACGAAAAGCUCUCUCCACUUUCGGGCGAUCGUGAUUGAAACGUCGGAUGAAGAUUCCCAGCACGGCGCUGCAGGUCUGGCAUGGCGAGACGUUUUUGAAGCCCAGCCGGUUUCAGGUGUCGUCUCUGGCCAAAGCGACGUUCUGGAAGUUGACAGCCUGCUCUGGCUGGCUUGGUGCAAUGCAGACAGCUGGACACAGAGUGUGCCGCUGUCGAACCUUCAGCUGAUGGUCUUUCAGAAGACCAGCCCACCCGACGAUUUCGAUCGAAAUCCGUCCGUGUCAUCGAUCCGCUCGAGGCGAGAGAGUCGAAGCCCAACAAGCCUGGCGAGCUGCUUCAUGCCCUGGUGCGGUGUCGAUGACGUGCCUUCAGAUGAUGAGAGCUUGGAGUCGAACCCAAACCUGACAAGGCAACCGCAGUAUUCCUCCAGACCGCCUCAGACGCAGUCCGCCGAGAAAUGCUCAGAGAGCCGGCACUGCGAUGGCUUGUGGGGCGACGGCUUCGACGGCUUUACUUCACUGUUUUUGAGGAUAACAGUCCUGCUGCUGUUGAUUGCAAUGGCCCGCUCUGCCAGCACAUUUGCCAGCGAAGUGGAGCAGAGUCUAGCCCGUUAG